CCAUCCGCUUUUCUUGGCCCCCUCUGCUCGAAUGCCAUCUUUCUUAUUUGCUCUCAGUACCCAGUAGAAACACAUUUCAAGCCAAAAGCUCAGACCUCCCAAAACAAAGAUAAAAACCUGUGUGUGUGUAAUGUAUGUGUGUCAGUGUGUAUAUUUAUAUAUGACAAACCUGAACCUUCUUUGAUUUUAUUUUCCGAAACCUCUGCUUGUCGAUGCUCUUUGGAAACCCUAACUCCUUGAAGACUUUUGCUGGCUCAACGAUCCACAACACAUCGACUCAGCCGCAUAACCGCCAUGGCUAAUAAUCCCUCGGAUGGUCCAACCGAUGAUUUUCUUGAGCAAAUCCUCGGCUUUCCUUCUUACGCCGAAGCCGACGCUAAUUUGGCGGCAACAGCUGCGGCUCCGAUGAUGUUGCAGCUGAGUUCCGGCGAUGGCUCCGCUCAUCUCGGCGGUGGAGGCGGAGGUGGUGGCUUUCACGGAGCGGUGUUUCCGUUAGGGUUGAGUUUGGACCAAGGAAAAGCAGCAGGGUUUAUGAAGGUGGAUGAAGCGUCGGGAAGCGGGAAGCGGUUUCGCGACGAUAUUGUUGAUGGGAGAGCAGUUUCUUCUUCAGUGAAAAAUCAGGCUUACCAUGGCCAGCCAAUGUCUAGCACAGUUGCUGCAGUGCCACAUCCACCUGCAAUUCGUCCAAGGGUGAGGGCAAGACGAGGACAGGCUACGGACCCACACAGCAUUGCUGAGAGGUUACGUAGAGAAAGAAUUGCUGAAAGGAUUAGGCUGUUGCAAGAUUUGGUGCCCAGUGUCAACAAGUCGGAUAGAGCUGCCAUGCUUGAUGAAAUUGUGGACUAUGUGAAGUUCCUACGACUCCAAGUGAAGGUUUUGAGCAUGAGUAGAUUAGGUGGAGCUGGUGCAGUGGCACCACUUGUGACGGAUAUCCCAAUAUCUUCCAUUGAGGAAGAAACAAGUGAAGGUGGAAGAAACCAACCAGCCUGGGAGAAGUGGUCAAAUGAUGGCACUGAACGACAGGUGGCUAAGCUAAUGGAAGAAAACGUGGGCGCUGCUAUGCAAUUUCUUCAGUCCAAGGCACUUUGCAUCAUGCCUAUCUCACUCGCCUCGGCAAUCUACCACCAGCAACCACCAGACACUGCCACACUAGUCAAGCCUGAAACGAAUCCCCCGUCCUAAGCCUCGGGAAAGGGCACAGAUCUCUCAUGGUCCCAUUAUAAUAUCUCCUAUAGAUUAUUGGUCCCUACAUAAUAGUCCCAAUUCAAUCCCAUGAAUUAGUCCAGUCCCCCACUCGUUAAUUGCAAUCGAAGUCAGAUGCCACAGUUCCACCUUUUUCCUUUGUGCCAGCUUUUGUCAAAAUAGGGUUUGAUGUCAUGUUUGAAAUAAUGCAGGCACCCCCAUUUGUUAAUGCCAAAUUCAAGUAGAGCAGAAAUGUCAAAAGCUCUUCUGAUGUGUUAUACUACUUUUUAUGUACUAGUGGUGGAUGACGGGAACGCUUUUGUGGUGGGGGCUCUCAUUUUGGUAGUGGGUGGUGGGGCCCUUGGAAAGAGAUGGAUAAGUACAUAUAUUUAUGUAAUUGUAUGCAAUGUGCUUUGUUUCGUAGAAUGGAAUGCUUGGUUAGAAUGGAUAA